AUGGGUAAUCGUGGAAUGGAGGACCUGAUCCAGGUCGUGAACGGUCUCCAAGAUUCGUUCGCGGCCCUUGGCCGUGAUGUGCCUAUUGAUCUGCCGCAAAUAGCUGUAGUGGGUGGACAGAGUGCGGGAAAGAGUUCAGUGCUGGAAAAUUUCGUUGGAAA